UAAAAAUAAAAUAAAAUAUCUUAAGAAAAAAAGAAAAAGAUUUCUUAGUCUGUGAGUGAGUGAGUGAUGCACUAACAAGAUCUGUAUCAUAUGUUCUUGUCAAUUAGAGAAAAGCUAUGGCCUAAAUGGAAGAGGUACAAAUAAAUUCUACUCCUUGCCAUUCUGUAGGCAGAGGAGAUGGACACAGAAAAUGUCACAGUGGUGGAUGAAUUUAUCCUCCUUGGUUUGACCCAGUCCCGAAAUAUUCAGCACCUGGUUUUUGUAGUGAUUUUAAUUUUCUACCUCAUCAUCCUCCCUGGAAAUUUCCUCAUCAUCUUCACUAUCAGAUCAGACCCUGGCCUCUCAGCCCCUCUCUACUUCUUUCUGGGAAACUUGGCCUUCCUGGAUGCAUCUUACUCCUUCAUCGUGGCUCCCAGGAUGCUGGUGGACUUCCUCUCUGAGAAGAAGGUGAUCUCCUACAGAGGCUGCAUCACUCAGCUCUUUUUCUUGCACUUCCUGGGAGGAGGAGAAGGGUUGCUGCUUGUUGUGAUGGCCUUUGACCGCUACAUUGCCAUUUGCCGGCCACUACACUACUCAACUGUCAUGAGUCCUCGAGCCUGCUAUGUCUUGCUGCUGUCUCUGUGGUUUGGAGGCUUUCUCCACUCCAUUAUCCAGGUGGCCCUCAUUCUCCGCUUGCCCUUUUGUGGCCCAAACCAACUGGAUAACUUCUUCUGUGAUGUGCCGCAGGUCAUCAAACUGGCCUGCACAGACACCUUUGUGGUGGAACUCCUAAUGGUCUUCAACAGUGGCCUCCUCACCUUUCUGUGCUUUCUGGGACUUUUGACUUCUUAUGCUGUCAUCAUCUGCCAUGUACAUGGCUCUGCUUCUGAAGGGAAGAACAAGGCUUUGUCCACAUGCACCACUCACGUCAUUAUUAUAUUUCUCAUGUUUGGCCCUGCAAUCUUCAUCUACACUCGCCCCUUCAGGGCCUUACCAGCUGACAAGGUGGUUUCCUUUUUUCACACGGUGAUCUUUCCAUUGAUGAAUCCUGUGAUCUAUACCCUUCGCAACCAGGAGGUAAAAUCUUCUAUGAGGAGGUUACUGAGCCGGCAUAUCUGUGAAUGA